AUGGCCACCGACUCGGUUUUUAAUGUGGCUGAUGUCGCCGCCCACAACACCAGAACUGACUUGUGGGUCAUAAUUCACGGGAAAGUCUAUGACCUUACGAAGUACGUGCGAGAUCACCCUGGCGGAGCGGAUGUCUUGUACGAUGUUGCUGGACUCGAUGCGACCGAGGCAUACGACGAAGUUGGCCAUUCAGAGGAUGCCGAUGAGAUCUUGGAGACAUUUUUGAUUGGCACAGUCAAGGAUGUCCAGGAGAUCAAACCAGCCAAGAGGGUUGUUCGCUUAGUCCAGCAAAAUACCCCAACAAAGGAGACCUCAUUGGAAGCGAGUUCUUCUGCUGGCACAGUUACCUUGGUUCUGGGCGCGCUUGCUGGUGGCGUAGCGCUUUACUUUACGUACCGGCAUCAUCCAAAGCUACAAGAUCUGUUUCCAAAACUUGCUCUGCCAUCUGCGCCAUCAAUACGGUCUACGUCGACUCUUACAUUGCCACAGAGAGGGUUCUCUCUCGGAUUUGCUGCUGCUACCUCCAUGUGUGCCACCAUUGGUGCGGCUUUUGCAGCCAAGCUUUCGAAAAUCAUACAAAUCGAGUCUGGAUUCACCAAAUAUCCUUCUCGAGUGAAGAUUCAACCACUUGUGAAGGCGGAUCCUGGGCUUGCCCGGGGUUUCCUGCAGCCUAAGGAAUACCAGGCGCUUCCCCUCGUCAAGAAAGAGCAGCUUUCGCCGAGCGUCUUCCGCUUUGUAUAUCAGCUGCCCAACGAACGAGACGUUAUUGGUAUUCCAAUUGGCCAGCAUUGCGCUAUCAGAGCAAGUAUUGAUGGAAAAGAUGUCGCCCGGUCAUAUACCCCCGUUUCCAAUAAUACAGACCUAGGCAGGCUGGAGCUGGUUAUCAAGUGCUAUUCAGACGGCGCCCUGACUGGAAAGUACCUCGCUAACCUGAAGGUCGGCGAUAAGACUCUAUUCCGCGGUCCCAAGGGUGCAAUGAAGUACAAGAGAGGUCUUUGCAAAAACAUCGGAAUGGUUGCUGGCGGCACCGGAAUUACACCUAUGUACCAGCUUAUUCGCGCUAUUUGCGAAGACGAAAAUGACACAACGGAAGUUAGCUUGAUUCUCGCCAACCGCACAGAAGAAGAUAUUCUUCUCCGAAUGGAACUCGAAGCCUUCGCUAGGAAGUAUCCCAAGAACUUCAAGCUCUGGUAUAUGCUCGACCAUCCUCCGCAGAAAUGGGCAUAUGGCAAGGGUUUCGUCACCAAAGCUGUCAUGGCUGACAGGCUCCCAGCCCCUUCUCCUGACACCCAAAUCAUGCUAUGCGGGCCUCCUGGAAUGGUCAAGGCUGCUCAGACUGCUUUGAUAUCCAUGGGCUUCCAGGCCCCCGGAUCUGUUGCCAAAAUGACAGAUCAAAUAUUCCUCUUCUAG